AUGCUUCUAAGUACUUUGAAGUUGCGAAUUUCACCAUUUAAUCUUCAGGUGGGAGAACUUAAGAAACUAGUGGAGGAAGGGAAGAUAAAAUAUAUAGGAUUGUCGGAGGCUUCUGCUUCAACAAUUAGGAGGGCGCAUGCAGUUCAUCCAAUUUCUGCAGUGCAGCUAGAGUGGUCUUUGUGGUCACGGGAUGUUGAGGCUGAUAUCAUUCCUACCUGCAGGGAACUUGGAAUAGGCAUUGUUGCAUACAGCCCACUUGGGAGGGGCUUCUUUUCUUGUGGGCCGAAGUUAGUUGAUGAGCUAUCCAGCGAAGACGUCCGCAAGAUGCUGCCAAGAUUUCAACCUGAGAAUUUAGAAAAAAAUGCUGAAAUAUUUGAGCGAGUGAAUGAAAUUGCAUCCAGAAAGGGUUGUACGCCCUCACAACUUGCACUCGCUUGGGUGCAUCACCAGGGAAGCGAUGUAGUCCCCAUUCCUGGCACUACCAAGAUUGAAAACCUCAAUCAGAAUGUUGGGGCACUAUCUGUGAAGCUUACGACUGAAGAGAUAGCUGAACUUGAAUCAUAUGCUUCUGAAGAUGCUGUGAAGGGUGAUAGAUAUAGCACCGGAAUGGCGACCUGGAAAAACUCUGAGACCCCUCCCCUUUCCUCUUGGAAUGUUGAAUGAUGGUGCAUUUAUUGCUGUUUUACAGCUCUGAGAAGAAUAAUUUCUGCGUGCCUGUUCCUUUCUUGAGCAGCUUGAAUAAGUUAUCCUUGGAUGAACUUAAAGGGUGCUUUUGCCACUUAUUUCUCGUAAUCACAAUGAUAGGAUUGUAAUAAAACAAGUUACAAUUAUGAGAUUUAAUCAUUGCAUUGUUCUUUGGACCUGCAAUUUUUAAA